GGUACCGAAAAGACACGCCAUUUAGAAACAUUGAAGCUUUCUAUCUAUUCGUCGUUCAAAAUGAUUGCGUCUGGAACUAUUCUGACCAAAGGUUUUCUUAUUCUUCUUUUCAGUCAGCUGAUUUUCACAACUGCAGCUGACUUCUCAGAUCAGGACAGCGACAGUGAUUGGGGUGACCAAACCAUUCAGGGUAGCGAUUCCUGUGGCACCUCCACACUUGAUGAUGGUUGCAGCAUGAGUGAUGAUUGCAGCACAAUCACGUGCAAAACAAAUUUCGUCGAAAAGCCGAUCACACUGAAGUUAAAGGUCAACAAGUGCGAUGACCCAAUCAGUGUAACAGCCUCAAUGGAUGUACCUGAUCUAUAUAUCUCCUGGUCUCAUACUUACACCAGUGACGACAUCAUAAAAGUCCCAGGAUUCACUGCGUCGGUACCAGUUCUCCCAAUUUCCGCUGGUGUGUACGUUCAAGUCUCUCUCACUCCAAACGGCGAUGAAUUGAAACUUACGGUGAAGCUCCUCGCUGGGGGCCAGGUUGGGGAUGAAGGAGUUUAUCCUGUGAAACUACCUGUGAUAGACGGUAACCUGCCCAUUAACACCAACGCCUGCGGUAUUCUCGCCUUGUGGUACAAUAUGAACGAUAUGGAAAGAGGAGCUGUGGUCGGAGGCUCCAUUCUUGUACUCAUCAUCCUCAUCUCUACCUGUUGCUGCUGCUGCGGCUGCUGCGGCUGUUGCAAACCUGCUCGGCCCAAUCAUGGAACCGUGUUUAUCCAGCCUCCUGUUAGUGUGGGGCCUCCUGUCAUGGCAACCAGCACCAAGACUACUGUCCCCAUGCAACCGUUUGUUAACGAGGCUUAAGUCUUUGCCGUCUUCACUGUGCAUGCUUUGAAAACGUGACCACCUUUUCAGAUAAAAACUAAAAUUGUGUGUGAAUUUUUGCCUAGCAGUUAAAAAGGAUCAUACAGAAGGGGUGGGGGGUGGGGAGAGGAAA